UCUCUCCCAUUUAUACACCGCCCGCCGCCGCCGCUGCCCCUCGGCGCUGGAUCCCGCCCGGCCCGGAGCCGGCAGCAGCGCGCAGAGCGGAGCUGCAUGGCCGUGGCUGAAGGCGGCUGCUGCGCGGCGGAGCGGCGCGCUGCCUCCUCGUACCCCUUCGCCGCCCGGGCGCCUCCUUCGCCCUCCUCCUCCUCCUCCAGCUCCGGGACCCCCGCGCCGGAGCCCGGCGGCGGCCCCCGGCCCGCCCCGCCGCACCUCGGGGCCGCCCCCGCGCCCGGCCCGCCCGCCCGCCGGGAGGAGGACGUCCCGCUGCCUCUCUCGCUGCCUCCGGACUCGGAGCGGCCGCCGGCGAUGUACCAGACCUUGGCCAUCUCGGCCUCGCAGGGCCCCGCGCCCUACGACGGAUCUCCGGGCGGCUUCAUGCACUCCGCGCCCAGCUCGCCCGUCUACGUGCCCACCACCCGCGUGGGCUCCGUGCUGCCCACGCUGCCCUACCUGCAGGGCGGCGGCGCGGCCCAGCCCAGCCACGCUCCGGCCGGCCACGUCUGGUCGCAGCCGGCGGCCGAGAGCCCCUCGUACGGCGCCGCGGGCGGCGCGCACCCCUCGGGCCGCUUCCCCUACUCGCCCAGCCCGCCCGUGGCCAACGGCGCCUCGCGGGAGCAGUACGGCGGCGGCCUGGCGGCUCGGGAGCAGUACGGAGCGCUGCCGCGGCCGCUCAACGGCUCCUACCCGGCGCCCUACGCCUCCUACGUGGGGCCGCAGCUCGGCCCCGCCUGGCCCGCGGCUCCCUUCGAGAACUCCGUGCUGCACUGCCUGCAGGGCCGCGCCGCGCCCAUCCCCGUGCGGGCUCCCAGCGCAGAGCUGCUGGAAGACCUCUCCGAGAGCCGCGAGUGCGUCAACUGCGGCUCCAUCCAGACCCCGCUGUGGAGGAGGGACGGCACCGGGAACUACCUGUGCAACGCCUGCGGGCUCUACACCAAAAUGAACGGCCUCAGCCGGCCCCUCAUCAAGCCCCAGAAGAGAGUGCCCUCAUCGCGGCGGCUCGGCCUGUCCUGUGCCAACUGCCACACCACCACCACCACCCUCUGGCGCCGGAACGCCGAGGGCGAGCCCGUCUGCAACGCCUGCGGCCUCUACAUGAAGCUUCAUGGGGUUCCCCGACCCCUUGCUAUGAAAAAAGAAGGAAUUCAGACGAGGAAACGAAAACCUAAGAACAUAAAUAAGUCAAAGGCAUGCUCUGGUAACAGUACUACUGCAGUUCCUAUGACUCCAACAUCCACGUCUUCUACUAACUCUGACGACUGUAGCAAAAACGCCUCCCCAAGCACACAGCCGGCAGCCUCGGGGGCGAGCUCGUCAGUGAUGUCUGGCCCAGGAGAAAGCACCAGUCCCGAAAGCAGCAACCUUAAGUAUUCAGGUCAAGAUGGGCUGUACACAGGAGUCAGCCUGACCUCCACGGCCGAGGUGACGGCGUCCGUCAGACAGGAUCACUGGUGUGCCCUGGCUCUGGCGUGACCCGCUGCCAGCCAAGCUGGAUCCCGGCACUGUGCAGCAGCCCCCAGACAUCCGUGCGGGGUUUCUUCUGCGGAGCGGUGGCAGCGAGAGUGCUGGCUAGGGACGCUCCUCUGAAAUUGUUUCCGUGCCUUGGUGGCAGAGGCGGCUUCCAGUCCCCCUAAGAGGCUCUGCUGAAGCAUCCCGAUCCUCAUCUAUGCAAGAAAACUGUAGGGAAAGCAAAUGCCCACCGGGGGAUAGCUAAUGCAGCCAUACACACUCAAAAAAAAAAAAAAAAAGUAAAAAAAAAAGAAAAAUAAAAAAGAAGAGAGAAACCUAGACCUAUUGAUAGAUUCCAGAAACACAUCCUCAACCCACCCAGCAGUGCUGCCUUUCUGAUUGUAUAUUUGUUUUCACUCUCUCAUCACCUUCUCCUCCCAAGAAUUUGACGGACGCCGUCAGCAUUGGGAAGGCUUGAAUUAUUAGAGAUAGCCAGAUACUUUCUGAAGAGUGCUGGUAGCGUGUACUGCUGGAGUCAGCGCGGGCGCCCAGAGCCAGACAUUUGACCUCUUCGCCCGUCCUGCACCCGCCUUGCUCUGCUCCGUUGUGCCAGAGCCCAGCGAUGCCCGGGGAGGAAAUCACAGCCUUUGGUACAAACCUCACGGGGUCGAGCUGGUGAAGGAGGUUUUGUUGUUGUUUAAGAUAUUUACUCACUUUGCAAGACUGCGCUAUAACUUUUGAAGUACACUGUGACUGAGGUUUAUGAAAGUUCAUAUUUUGUGGCUGAACUGUAUAGAGUCAGUCAAAAUUUGUAAACAGGGUAGCAAUCAGAUAUUUUUUCUUCCAUAUAUACAAUAAUUUUUUUAAAAGAAGUGCAAUUUGCGUUGCAGCAAUCAGUGUUAAAUCAUUUGCAUAAGAUUUAACAACGGUUUUUAUACGAAUGAAUGAAUGUAAACAUUUUAACUUAAUGGUACGUAAAUAAUUUAAAAGAAAAACUUAACUAGGCAUCCUUAGGCUUUUUAGCGCAACAAAACCCAUCCACUUUCUGUAUUUCCAGUUGCUAAAGCAGGAGUUUCAAAGAACAAGCCUUCUCUCAGGAAAAUUGCCCUAGCCGUUUGCUCGUAAGUUUUGUACAAAAAAGCAAAUGCAUCCCCAGGUUGUUUAUUUUUUGCCAUUGAAUAAGUAUGUACUGGAAAGAAACAAACUGCAGUGAAACUUUACUACCUAACCGAUACACAUGUAAAUACUCCAUAAGAUAUUUAGGCAUCUUUAAAAUGUAGGAUGCGAUCUGUAUAGUGUGACUGACACAUCGUUAGGUUGGUUUCCAUUGCUUUUUAAAUGGGAUGGCAUUUGGAAAGUUGUUUCAUCAGAGCUUUACAAAUAAAAGGGUAUCAUUUUU